AUGCUGAAACCGGGAGGUCAAGUAUUCGUAUCAUGUUUCGAGCAUAAGCCGGUGGAUGAGGCCUUCGCCAAAUUGGCCGUGCACCUUAAAUGGAAAAAGUACGGAGAUCACACAUCGGCCUAUUACUACAAAGCCGAUCCGAAAAGUGAAUAUGAAAAAGAUUUGGCAGAAGCUGGAUUCAAAGAUUACAUGUUUGAUGUCGUAAUGGAAAAUCUUUGCAUUUCUGUAAAUCCAGCGAUGCUGACUGUUUCCAAAGAAGAUAUGGAAGAAUACACUGAAUGUUAUUUAAAUGAGGUACAAAACAGCAAAUGUUUUACUCGUAAUACCCCUGAAGAUAAUGAUUUAACUAUGACGUACAAAAUGUUUAUAAUAAUUGCUACAAAAUCUGAAUAA